AUGGCUUUGCUUCGAAGUUUUCCAUUUAUUGGUGCAAUUAUUGCUAUAAUUGCUAUUGUAUUAUCAAUUAUUGGUAUUACAACUAGUUAUUGGUUCUCAACUGAUCUAAAUACCCAUUCAGGUCUUUGGAAAAGUUGUGUAGCUGGUAUUUGUGUACAAACCGAUGCUGGACGAGCAGCAAUUUUGGCUAUUGCGGCCUUAAUUGCCAUUGUUCUUGCAGCUAUUUUGGCUAUAUUCAGUGGUUUAUCAAGAAAUAAAUCCGAUGCAAGCAAUAGUUUAGCACGUCUUUGUGGUAUUCUAUCCGUUAUAUUACUUUUUUCAAGUGGUAUUCUCAUUGCUCUAUCACUUUAUACGUAUAUCGGUGCUAAAUAUACUACAGGAUAUUCAUUUACUCUUAUGGCUAUUGCCCAAUUUUUAAGUUUUCUUGCUGCUAUGCUUAUUGCUCAUUGGAUGGGACAUUCAUUUACUGUCAUUGUUUAA